UCAGUUGGAGUCUUCCCUUGGCUCCCGUGGUGGCGUGAGUCUGCAGUGUCCCGGGGUGACUGAGAGACAGCCGGAGCCUGUAAGAGUUAGAGUCUGUGGCAGCGUCGGAACUUCAGCUACACUAAGCAUCAACAACUAUGUUAAAGUACUUCCUUUGCGUGGUGGUGUUGGUGUCGUGCGGCGAGGCGGUCCCCACGACACCCAUGCAGGAGGCUCCGGGCGCUUCAGUAGACGAUGUCCGGUUUCUUCUUUGGACCAAGAGCAACUCCGGCGACGGUGCCUACUACGAAGUGGUCCUCGACGACUCAGGGAGCCUCAACGGGUCGCCGCUCAACGCCAAUGACCCCACAGUCGUCCUCAUUCACGGGUUCUCGAGCUCCGGCGACAGCGGCUGGCCCGUGGACGCCAAGACCGAGCUGCUGAAGCAGGGAUCGUACAACGUCAUCUCCGUGGACUGGGGUAAACUGGCAGCUGCCCCCUGGUACCUCACUGCUGUAGCCAACGUUCCCCUGGUGGGUGCCCACACAGCCACUUUCCUGGACUGGCUGAAGGCCUCCGUGGGUCUGGACACCAGCAAGCUGCAGAUCACUGGACACUCGCUGGGCGCUCACGUCUCGGGCGCCGUCGGCCAGAACGUCGCCUCCUUCACCGUUCCCGCCAUCACUGGUUUGGACCCGGCGGGACCGGAGUUCUACUCUAAACCAACGUCUGAACGUCUAGACGCGUCUGACGCAGCAUUCGUCCAAAUCAUCCACACCAAUGGUGGCGAGAUACUGCAAAGCUGUGUGGGCCUCGCGGACACCGCCGGCCAGGUCGACUUCUUCCCUAACGGAGGCGUUCACCAGCCCGGGUGUGUCGACCUGGGUGAAUGGACCGACCUGCUUGAAGGCGGGUGUAGCCACGGCAGGUCCCACCUGUUCUGGGUGGAGAGCAUCAACGGGUCUCCAGCCUUCAGGGCACAUCCCUGCGACGACUGGACCUCCUACGAGAACGGCCAGUGCUCGUCCUGCGGCGCCGGCUGCCUGGAGAUGGGCUUCCACGUGAGCCGCAGUCUGCGAGGCACGUACUUCCUGACCACCAACAGCGACCCGCCCUACGCUCAGGGGUAGAUAGACGCCUCGCUCCUAGACGAUAGAGAAACAAGACUGUUGGAGCCACCAGUGAUCGGGAGUGUCAAGCCCUGGCCCCCUCCAGCCACUGUUAACCAUCGUCACGUCGCAGUCAUUAUCCUUCUUCGAGUACAAUUUCAUCAUCCUUCCCAGUCAUACACAUUCUUCUCAUAAAUUAUCAAAGUCCCCUGCAAACCACUUUCCGUGUUAUGAUCUCUAUAAUAAUUCUCUUUUGCCUUCAUUCGGCUUCCAGUCCCUAUAAUCAACACACACACAUAUAUCGCACUCUUUCUUUGUUACUGUAAUCAUCCCUCCUAGUUUCUUUACUUCUCCAUUCUUCCAAUUAUUUUCAGCUAUCUACGUCAAUCUUCUACCUCCAUUUAAACACUAUACAAAAUGUUGUUUUAAAGGAUAAUAAACACAAAUGUUAAUUG